AUGGAGUUUAUUAAUAAUAAAAUUAAUAAAGUAUCAAGAGAUUUUUUAUUAUCAUUAAUUAAUUAUUCAGAUAAACAAGCUAGAAAAGCUACAAGAAAAGAAAUAUUAGAUUUAUAUUUAGAUAAAAAAUCAAAUCAAUUAAAUUUAAUACCAAUGAUUGCAACUGUAAAAAUUAUUAGAACAAAAUUUAAUGAUCCUUUAAACUAUCAUAUUGAAGUUGAAGUAGAAGGAUCAAAUACAACACCUCAAAUUUCAGAAUCCAGAUUUAAAUCAUUUAAUUCAAGUUGGAUUGAUGAUCCAAAAAUGGAAUUUUUAAUGGAAAAAAUUGGAAAUAAUGGAAUUAUAAUUAAUUUAAAAAUUAUAAAAGAAAAUAAAAUUUUAUUUAAUUCAACAGAAUCAAUUAUUAGUGUUAAAAUUGGUAAAGAUAUUAUUGGUAAUUCAAUGGAAAAAAAAAAUAUUAAAUUUUUAGAACCAAUUGUUGAAAUGAUGACACAAAGCGAAAAAGUUAUUGGUAAUAUUGAAUUUGAAGUAACGAUUGAACCAGUAGCAAAGUUUGGAUUAAGAUAUUGGGAUAGGCUACCAGUAUUUGAUCCAGAUUUAAAGAUACCAAAAUUUGCAAUGCCAAGUGACAGUUUUGUACAUCAUGAUGAAUUUAAUGAAAUGGUAGUAGCAUUUGUUAUAGUCUAUUGGUUACUACGUGGUGAAAAGAAUUCAAUGGAGAUGUUACCACCAAAUAUUCAAACUAGAUCAGCCGAGAAUGGAAUUUACAAUAGUAUUGUAUCUGACCAACUUUUCACCUCUAGAAGAUUGAAUGGCUCAAAUAGACCAUACAAUGAUUUCGUUAGAGUUGAAAGUUGUAAAGAGAAUAACUAUGGUGAAUGGAACUAUGAAUUAAGAUUGGAUUUAUCAGGAUAUGAAUUAAAACAAGAUGUUUGGUUUCCAAAAGAAACAUGUUGUAGAUUUAAACUUAAGGAAAAUGAAAAUCAUAAUGAUAAUGAUGAAGAUAAUGAAAAUGAAUUAAUUAUAAAAUCAAUUGCAUAUAGAAUGAAUGAUUAUGGUGAUGGUGAUGGUGAUGGUGAUGAUGGAUGGAUAGUUCAACAAGCUGAUGAUUCAAAAGAAUGGAAUGAUUUAAAAGUUAAAUAUAUGAUGGUUGAAUUUAAUUAUAAUAUUAAUUGGGGUCAUGUUGGUGUACAUUUUGUUGUGGAAAUGUUUAAUAUGGCAUUUUAUAGAAAUAUUAUAAAUAAUCCAAUAAAGAAAUUACUUUAUCCACAUUUCGAUGGUGUAAUAUUUAAUAAUUGGUUAGUGGUAAGACCGAUGCUUGAUGGUGUUGUCACUCAAGCUGCUGCUUUCACAUAUGAAGGUCAAGUUCAAAUGCUACAAAAGAGAUUCAGUCAAACAACUUAUAAAUGGAGACCAACACCAAUUAAUGAUAAAAUUAAAGGUCAUGUUUAUGAUACCUCCAGUCAAGCCAUUUGGGACGCAAUCACUGAAUAUGUUGAUGAAUGGUUUUUAGAGAAUAAAGAAGAUACUCUAAAAGUAUGGAAUGAAAUUGAACUGGUUUCAGAUGAUUUAGUUCAACAUUGUUUAAAUGCUGAUAAAAGUGCAAAUGAAAUUAAAAAUAUUCAAGAUCUUAGAGAUUGUUCAAUAUUUAUCAUUUAUCAGGCUGUUUUCUCUCAUGCAUACGUUCAUUGGAAAGCUUGGGAUGAAGAAGCAAAAGCUAUCAUUUUCAAUCAAGAUGGUGCCACCACUAAAAAAGAUAUUAAAUAUUACGAAAAUCUUGGUAAUGCAAUUGAAGCAGGUGUUCAGUAUCCAUCUCCUUAUGUUAGACAAUAUCCAAUCUUGGAUGUUGAAUUUGGUGGUCCUGAAUUAUUACAAAAGAAAAUUUGGAAAUAUGCUCAUAAAAUUAAUCCUGCAAUUUCAAUUGGUUCUUUAAUUAUGUCACCAAAUAUUUAA